UACAAGACCUGGAGUCAGCCUGCAAAAUAUUGGAUGAAUAAGCUGUCAAUUUGAAGUAGGCCAUGCUUGAAGUUCUGCAAGGCUAUAUAUAGAGAGGAUGGUUGUGGGUGGUUUCACGGAGGAGCUGAAAAGCAGGGUAUCUCCGGCGAGGCUUUGGAAGGCAGCGGUGAGUGAUGUUCACAUAAUGUUACCCAAGAUUGUACCAGAGUUUGUUGGGAGCAUGGAGAUUGUUCAAGGAGAUGGCGGUGUAGGCACCAUCAAAGCUACUACCUUUACUCAUGCCGUUAAGGAGCUGAGUGUGGUGAAGAUUAUUGUAGAUGAAAUAGAUGAGGAGAAAUUAUACUACAAGUACUCAGUUAUAGAGGGAGGGAACCCGAACUAUGAAUCAACAAGCUACACAUACAAGUUUGAAUUAUCAGAAGAUGGAGGGUGUUUGUGCAAACUCAUUGGUGAGUUCAAGACCAUUGGUGAUUAUGAGCCCACUGAUCAAGACAAGGUGCUAAGCAAGGAGGGCUUUAUCACUACCUUCAUGGCCAUUGAUGCUUAUCUUCAAGCCAAUCCAAAUGAAUGUGCUUGAAUUUCUUUGUUUUCAAUGAAUUUUAAUCAUGUUUUUUGUGUGUGCUUUGGUCCUGUUGUUUGUUGAAGUGUUCAAUUUGAAAUGAAAGUGCUUGAGUUAUGGUUUCUGAGA